GGCAGGCAGGCAGGCAGGCAGAGGUAAGGCGAGGAGGAGCUCCAGCUCCACAGUGCCAUCCGCGUAAACGGGCCGGGGAGGCUGCUCUUGCGCUUGGAUUAUACCGGCCAGUGAACCGUCACCGCUCAUAACAGCGACAGCGCGCUUCCCUCAGCUGCUCUCCGGCUGCCGCGCACCGCAGCUCAUUAACUCAGCUUUUAAUAAAACCUUAAGUCAAUCUGGGGAUCCGCACUAAAACUGCAGCAGUAGCGAGGUUUAUGUGUUUUCUUUUUCUUGUGUUCUUCCCUGGAUAAAAUGAAGUGAAAACUAUUUUUCACCUACACUGCUUGAAAUAGCGGCGCAGAAUCCGCGAGCCGUCGUUGGAAGAAGGACUUCUCCUUUUGCGUCUGUAAUUCUCCCUCUGGAGCUGCAUCUUCUGAGAUCUGGACAACACAAAUCAUCCCGUGUCUGUCGACGGUUCGGGAAUGUCAGCGUAGGUUUGGUGUCAUUCCAGGGUAAUUCUGCGUAGGUCAGCUCUCAGGUCUGACAUCCUCUGCCGCUUUUCUACCAAGAGGUUUACCUGUGUGUGGAAGAUAUGAGGUUUGCAGGCGCCUUGUGGAUCGUUUGGUCUCUUCUGGUGCUGAGGGAGGCGGCAGGCGCUGAAACGAUCUCAGACACAUCACUCAGUCCUGCACUGAGCGCUGUGACAGGACAGAGUCAGAAGGCGCUGAGCCAAGGUCAAUACAGAUGUGUCGAGCCAUCCAAAAGAGAUGCCCAAGAAAACAGAACCGGUCUUUUCUGCACCCCGAUGUGGGAUGGUUUUCUGUGCUGGAGCGAGACACCAGCUGGGGAAUCCGUAACACAAAAAUGUCCAGAUCACCCCGACCUCGGUGCAACCGUAAAAGUGACCAAACGUUGUGACAAAUCAGGUAACUGGGUCCAGACCGGCUCCCCUUGUCAACCAGCUUUAAACGGCAAAACAGAGGAAGUUCAUUUUUUAAAGGAUGCGGCGGGAGAGCCAACCACAGAAGCCAUGUGGGUCAGAACCGAAAAAGUUCUUCUCGAACAUGAAAAUAAAUGCCAGGAGAAAAUGAAGAAUGAUCCGCCGUAUAAUAAAUCAGGACUGCACUGUGGUAGGAACUGGGACGGUUGGCUGUGCUGGGACGACACGGCAGCAGGAAGCUACGCCACCCAGAGCUGUCCUGAUUACUUUGCAGACUUUGAUCGCACAGAAAAGGCAACAAGGUAUUGUGGGGCAGAUGGACAGUGGUUUCGCCAUCCAGAGAGCAAAAAACAUUGGACCAACUACACACUCUGCGUUGCCGCCGAUGACAAGAGGCCGGGGAAACUCAAAAUACAUGAAAAUGAACAGAAAUGUCUCAGGAAAAUGAAACAAGACCCAGCAUUUAACAAAGCAGGUCCAUACUGCGGUCGUACCUGGGACGGCUGGCUGUGCUGGGAUGACACGCCGGCAGGUACAUAUGCCUCCCAGAGCUGCCCCGAUUAUUUUUCUGACCUCAACCCCAAAGAAAUGGCUACAAAGUUCUGUGCAGAAGAUGGACGCUGGUUUCACCAUCCAGGGAGUAACACGACUUGGACUAAUUAUACACGGUGUGUUGGCAACAACCGGGAGAUAUUAAGGGCAACUGCGCAGUUCUCCAGAGAUCCUGAGAUGGAGCUUAUCAGCGAGGCCACAGAGAGUCCAGAGGUUCAACAAAAGGAUCGGGAAGUUGUGCGGAAAAAGAUCCUUGACAGUCAGUACAAGUGCUUUGAGAAAAUGAACCGAGAUCCACCUUACAACAAAUCAGGUCCGUACUGCAGUCGCAACUGGGAUGGCUGGUUGUGCUGGGAGGACACUCCAGCCGGAACGUACACGGCCCAAAACUGUCCCAACUAUUUCGACGACUUCGACCCCACAGAGAAGGCAACAAAGUACUGUGGGGAGGACGGGCAGUGGUUUCGCCACCCAGAUACCAACAGGACCUGGUCCAACUACACGCUCUGCAAUGAAAACACUAAGGCAAAGCUAAAGUCAGCUUACAUCCUGUUUUACAUGGCUAUUGUGGGCCAUGCGUUAUCCAUUGCCUCCCUGCUUAUCUCUCUGGCCAUCUUCUUCUACUUCAGGAGUCUGAGCUGUCAAAGGAUCACCCUCCACAAGAACCUGUUCUUCUCCUACGUGCUGAACUCUGCCCUCACCAUCAUCUACCUCGUCACCGUGGUCAACAAUCCCAAAGUGGUUGACAGUAAUCCAGUUAGCUGUAAGGUCUUGCACUUCUUCCACAUGUACAUGUUGGGAUGCAACUAUUUCUGGAUGCUCUGUGAGGGGAUCUACCUGCACACCCUAAUCGUGGUGGCUGUGUUUGCAGAGGAGCAGCACCUGCACUGGUACUACCUGCUGGGCUGGGGCUUUCCUCUGGUGCCCGUGUCCAUCCACGCCGUAGCAAGGAAAAAGUAUUUUGAUGACAACUGUUGGAUGAGCGUUGAGACCCAUCUGCUCUACGCAGUACACGGACCUAUAGUGGCAGCCCUUCUCGUCAACCUCUUCUUCCUGCUGAACAUUAUAAGAGUGCUGGUGACAAAGCUGAGAGACACUCACCGGGCAGAGUCUAACAUGUACAUGAAGGCGGUGAGAGCCACCCUGAUCCUGGUGCCACUGCUCGGGAUACAGUUCGUCAUUUUUCCCUGGAGGCCAGAGAACCGUCUGGCCGGCGAGGUCUAUGAGUACGUCAUGCACAUACUCAUGCACUACCAGGGUUUGCUGGUGGCAACAAUAUUCUGCUUCUUUAAUGGAGAGGUGCAGGCAGCUCUGAAGAGGCAGUGGAUGCAGUACAAAACCCAGUGGGGUCAGCGGCGGAAGGACCACUGCUCCAUGCGCUCCACGUCCUACACCGCCACCUCCAUCACCGAGGUGCCCGCCUUCAUGUACCACCACGAGUGCAACGCCGAGCACCUGAACGGGUGCCACACAAAGGACUCCGAGCUGGUGGCGCUCAAGUCGGGAGACACGUACGCUUAGAUUACGUUUUUUGAAUCUGAGCGGAAAACAACAGACACACGCGCAGCAAGUCAGGAAAAAAAAGAAAAAAAGAAAACGCUUCUGGUCUAACCGCCUCAUCUCAGCGAAUAAAUCUCAGAGGCUGGUUCGUUCAGCACGGUGGGGCAGGGGGGAACACACGGCUCCGGAGACAGAGAGCUCCCCGGGAGGAAAGAUUAGCUAGAGAAUGAAACCUUUUAUUCACACUUUACUCUUACGUUGCUGCUGCAGCUGCUUUUUAAAAGCUUUUUUUUCCUUUUUUUUUUUUGGAGAACUUUGACGUCAGGAACUUGCGGCAUGACAGGAUAGCUGCUCACGAUGUCUGCCGACUUCCUAAAAGCUGCUAUUCUGUGUGUGUGCCGUCUGGCGGAGACAGAGGGGGAAGAAAUGACAGCGUCUGGGGUGCUUUCUGUUCUUGAGGACGGUGCCGAAUGUGACAGUAAUGAGGGUAGCAGCUCUAGCUCUACAGGACGUUGACCUACAAUGAUGGAAUGAUGAGGAUUAUUGUUGUUAUUAUUAUUAUUAUUAUUAUUAUUAUUACUAUCAAGCAGAGGACCACAUCCUUCCUGACCUCACCAAUACCAAAGGGUACUAUUUGUCCAUCACAGCUCUGAGGACCCUACAGAGUGUAUCUUGGAGCACAGAAGCAAAAGUUAAACACCCUCCCCUCACAGAUUAAGUUAAAACGACAUGCUAGAGGAAACAUUUCUAGACAUUCUUUUGUGCUUACAACGAUGGAAUUGUGUACAUAUUAUGUAUGUUCAAUUCUUUUGAUUUGGCAAAAGUGUUUAAACGUUUCGAAAGGACUUUAUUCUUCGAUUUCUGUUUGUGUUUUACUCGUCGAUUCCUAACUCUGUGCUACCUGUGUGUCCCGUGAUGCUGCAUUCUUGACGGCUUUGUUGUUUCGAAGUUGCUGUAUCUGUGCUGACGCUGAACGUCACAGGGCUGAGCGGUAACGAUGCAUACUGCAGACAGGAUGAAAAAAAUAAAUAAAAAGGAUAUGAAGGUUUUA